AUGGAAGAAUUCAAGCAAGCACAUGCUCAAGUCCUAAAGUGCGGAUUCUUUUGGAACUCCUUUUGUGCAAGCAAUCUUGUGGCAACUUGUGCUCUAUCAGACUGGGGCAGCAUGGAUUAUGCACGCUCAAUUUUUCGACAAAUCGAUCAACCGGGUACUUUUGAAUUCAAUACCAUGAUUAGAGGAUAUGUAAAUGUUAUGAAUCUGCAAAAUGCUUUGUUUCUUUAUUGUGAGAUGCUUGAGAGAGGAAUUGAAUCAGAUAAUUUUACAUCUCCUGCACUUCUCAAGGCAUGUGCCAGGUUAAGGUCAAUAGAGGAAGGGAUGCAAAUUCAUGGGCAUAUCUUUAAGCUUGGACUUGAAGGAGAUUUGUUUGUGCAAAAUAGCUUGAUCAAUAUGUAUGGCAAGUGUGGGAAGAUAGAACUUUCAUGUUCUGUUUUUGAGCAAAUGGAUCGGAGAGAUGUUGCUUCUUGGAGUGCCAUCGUAGCAGCUCAUGCCAGUUCGGGCAUGUGGUCCGACUGCUUAUCAGUUUUUGGGGAGAUGAGUAGGGAGGGAUCUUGUAGGCCAGAAGAGAGCAUCCUAGUUAGUGUGCUCUCUGCCUGUACCCAUUUAGGUGCUCUUGAUUUGGGGAGGUGCACACACGUAUCGUUGUUAAGGAACAUCAGGGAGAUGAACGUAACAGUACAAACUUCCUUAAUAGACAUGUAUGUGAAAUGUGGGCUUAUAGAGAAAGGUUUAUCUCUCUUCCAAAGAAUGGUAAAGAAGAACCAAUUGUCCUACAGUGUAAUGAUCACAGGGCUUGCAAUGCAUGGCCGCGGUAGGGAAGCUCUGCAGGUUUUUUCUGAUAUGCUUGAAGAAGGAUUGGAGCCUGAUGAUGUUGUUUGUUUGGGGGUGUUGAGUGCUUGUACUCACGCUGGCCUUGUUGAUGAGGGCCAGCGGUGUUUCAACAGAAUGAAACUUGAGCAUGGGAUUGAACCCACAAUUCAACACUAUGGCUGUAUGGUUGACCUCAUGGGCAGAGCUGGGAUGCUAAAUGAGGCUUUAGAGCUCAUCAGGAGCAUGCCUAUCCAGCCAAAUGAUGUUGUUUGGCGAAGCCUACUUAGUGCCUGUAGAGUCCAUCAAAACCUGAAAAUUGGGGAGAUUGCAGCUAAGAGCUUGGGAGAAUUGAACUCAAGUAAUCCUGGUGAUUACGUGUUGUUAUCAAAUAUGUAUGCAAGAGCUCAAAGGUGGGAGGAUGUAGCUAAGAUUCGGACAGAAAUGAUUCGAAAGGGUUUGACUCAGACGCCUGGAUUCAGUUUAGUGGAGGUGGAGAGGAAAAUUUACAAGUUUGUUUCACAGGACAUGUCACACCCUCAAUGCGAAGGCACAUAUGAGAUGAUUCACCAGAUGGAAUGGCAGUUGAAAUUCGAAGGCUAUUCUCCAGAUACAUCACAAGUAUUGUUUGAUGUAGAUGAAGAAGAGAAGAGGCAGAGAUUGAAAGCUCAUAGUCAAAAGUUAGCUAUGGCUUUUGCACUUAUACAUACAUCUCAGGGUACUCCCAUUAGAAUAGCUAGAAACCUCAGGAUGUGUAAUGACUGUCACACGUACACCAAGUUAAUUUCAAUCAUUUAUCAAAGAGAAAUUACUGUAAGAGAUCGAAAUCGGUUUCACCAUUUUAAAGAUGGAAGAUGCUCUUGUGAAAAUUAUUGGUAA